UUUUGUUUUUGCAUUAUUAUGGUAAUAACGAGGAACUAAAACGCGCUUCCGGUUGUGUCGUCACUAGCCCGUGCGGGCUUGACGCCCCAGGUGUAUAUAAAGAGCUCGAGGGGGCCGUUGGUAAGGAGGAGACCCGUCGUGUAGGCAACAGACCGCAGCCUUACCCCGGCAGAUCCCCGCUGAGCCCCGAACCCUGUCCGCGGUGAAACAUGGCGCUGAGCCGGCUGGAGAAGAUAAAGGCUUGGUUCCUGAGGGCGGCGCUGGGAUUCUUCGAGCUGCUGCUCCGGCUCUUCAUCCCUCGGUCCCCCGUGUCCGGGAAGAAGCUGCCGGCCGUCCGCAGCCCGCUGCUGCUCCUCUCAGCGACCCAACUGGCCAAGAAGAUCCGGAGGAAAGAGGUGUCGAGUGUGGAGGUGGUGCAGGCUUACAUCGACAGGAUCCAGGAAGUCAACCCUCUGCUCAACGCUGUGGUAAAAGACAGGUUCGACGCGGCGCUCCAGGAGGCGAGUCAGGUGGACAAGCUGAUUGAGGAGGAGACGGGAGGGGAGGAGGUGCUGGAGGACCGGCUGCCUCUCCUGGGAGUCCCUCUGUCAGUCAAAGAGUCCUACGCCCUGCAGGGAAUGCCCUUCACCUCCGGCCUGGUGUCCCGGCGAGGCGUCGUGGCCACGGUGGACGCCGCUCCCAUCGCCCAGCUGAAGAGAUCGGGCGCCAUCCCGAUGGGCGUCACCAACACGCCGGAGCUGUGCAUGUGGUGCGAGUCCCACAACCACCUGUACGGAGUCACCAACAACCCGUACGACCUGGAGAGGAUGGCAGGAGGCAGCUCAGGUGGGGAGGGCAGCAUCCUGGGAGGAGCAGGAGCAGUCAUCGGCGUGGGCUCCGACAUCGGCGGCAGCAUCCGGAUGCCGUGUUUCUUCAACGGGAUAUUUGGCCAUAAAACCACUCCAGGUAUGGUGUCCCAUGAGAACCAGUUCCCUCCUGCCGCUGGCAGCCAGGUGGAUUAUAUCAGCAGUGGUCCCAUGUGCCGCUACGCUGAGGACCUGCUGCCCAUGCUGAAGAUCAUGGCGGUGCCGGACGCUCACGUGUUGAAGCUGGACGAGAAGGUUGACCUGAAGAAGCUGCGGUUCUUCAACCUGCCUCACGACGGCGGCACUCCGCUGACCUACCCCGUCAGCAAGGAGAUCCUGGACGUUCAGAAGAAGGUGGUGCAGCGUAUGGAGGCCGACCUCGGCGUGAAAUUCCAAAGAGUGCAGUUCCCGGAGCUCAAAAACGCCUUCCAGAUCUGGCACUCGUACAUGGGGCUCCCUAACAAGGAGGGUGAGUAUCCUCUGUCCAUGUGUGAGAUGAUGGGGGAGCCCGGCCGACCCGCCUGGCCGCUGUGGGAGCUGCUCAAAUGGAUGGUCGGAAAAUCUGACCACACGAUGGCUGCUAUCGGUCUGGCCCUGUUGGAGACCCUCCCCGUGUUCCGUCCUUCUCCGUUCAUCAUCCAGCAGAAGGAGAAGCUGCAGAAGGACAUAGACGAGCUGCUGGGGACCGACGGGGUUCUCCUCUGCCCCACUCACCCCCGAGUGGCUCCUAAACACCACCACGUUCUCCUGAGAACCUACGACAUCGUCUACACAGCUAUAUUUAACACCCUGGGGCUGCCAGCCACCCAGUGUCCUCUGGGGCUGAACCAGCAGGGUCUGCCUCUGGGGGUCCAGGUGAUCGCUGGGAAGAACCAGGACCGCCUCACCCUGGAGGUGGCGCUCUACCUGGAGAAAGCCUUCGGAGGCUGGAAGGAACCCGGGACCAAAUAAAACCCCUCACACUGUGACCAAAACUCCAGACUGAAGAAGAAGAAGAAGAAGAAGAAGAAGAAGAAGUGUGUCUUAUCUGCCUUGCUGCUUGCCGUAGUUCACCGAGAGGUCCAAUCAGGGCGCUGAAUGUUCCCGUGGACGUGACUAAUGAGUUGUUAGACAUGAUUUUAUAAUUUACCAUGUUCAGAAACCAUUACGUCACGAGAGCACAAGCUUUAAAAAAAAAAAAAGAAAGAGAUUUUUAUAUUACAACAUUCACAGUAACACACAAAACGAAGCUACGCUGUCAAACAAAUAAA